AGCGACGCAUAGUUGUUGUCAACAGCACUUAACUGCACAGAAGAUGAGUAAAAACGAUUUUUGCCGGUGUUGUAAAAAGAAUUUACGGAUAAAAGGAGAACUUUGCAACACGAUCAGCAUCUUUGAUACAAGCAGUAAAGGCGGAUGCACGUACGAACAACUUCGUCGUUUAGGAUUAAAACUCCUCAACACACCAAACAAAUCCUUUCGCAUCUGUCGGUCCUGUAAGAACUUGGUAACACGGUUGGAACGCGACCUUCCGGUGUUUAGACAGUGGACGGUGGCCGAAGGAGACCAGGCUGAAGACGCGUGUUCACCCGAGGAAAGAGCCCGGGGGGGGGCGAGUCCCUCCGAGAAGAAGAUCCAUAGAUAUGACAAGAUCUGCCCGGAUCCGUCAACUCCAACCGGAAACACGCGAAGAAGCGUUACAGAGAUGUCUUCGGAGCGCCCGCUGGUAGGAGGCGGAGCUGCAGGGAAUGCCACGCCCUCUUCUGUCGUGGCCGGCGGGAUGGACCAGAUCAACGUGGUGAGAAUAGACGACACCCACAUCGCAGAGGAGCCGUCUGACCUCGGGGCAAAGGUUAAAGGUGAAGCAGCGGACUACUACGAGGUGGAGUACUCCAUACCUGAGGAAGAGGAGGAGGAGGAAGAGGAGGAGGCGGAGGAGGACAGCGUCUACGUCAUUGAAUAUUCAAAUCCAGAGGAGGAGAGGGACAGCUACCAGUUCACCAUGUCUGUGGACAGAUCGCUCUCGGCUCAGCGCCCGGUCAAACAUCCCGUGGUCAAAGGAAACGCCACCGCUGACUCAGCGAUGACGUCCAGAACUCAGUGGUCAUCCAGGCCGAGACAGAGGGUGAAUCAGAAGAGGAAGAGGAGAGCAGAAGAGGAGGAGGAAGAGGAGGGAGCCGUGAGCAAUAAGAGCGCGUUGGAGCUCAGAGAGGACGCCAGCGACGUGGGGGGGGCGGGGAGAAAACAGCUGGUGUGCACGCUGUGCCCGCCGCCCAAGAGACUCUUCAAGACGGCGUCCGGUCUGGCCAUUCAUCUAAGAGAAACGCAUCGGGUGGAGAGGAAGAAGAAGUUCUCCUGCACCUCCUGCAAGCGGGCGGUUCACAGUCGGACGGAGCUGGACGCUCACACGCGGCGCCACGCCAAACAGGGCGCCGUCUACACCUGCAGCCUCUGCCCGGAGGCGACAGACACUGAACCCGGAGCAGAGACGCCGGGGUUCAAAGGGACGAGGUCGGGCCUGAAGAGACACCUGGAGGAGGAGCAUCCGGGCGCCAUCCCACGCUGCAACAUCUGUGACCGACGCUUCAAGACCAUCCUGUCGUACCUCGACGACCAGUUCAGGCACGUGGGGGUGUCGCCCUUCCACUGCGCCCAGUGUCAGAUCUACGAGAUGACGGAGAGGGGUCUGAGCGCCCACAUCAGUAACCACCACAAGAAGCAGCAGCAGCCCCCCCGGCCGACCCUGGAGGACGUCACCAACACAGAUAACUCCGUAACAGACGACUCGGACUUCUGACGCUGCAGAUUCCACGUUCACUUCCAUCAGAGUUUCCACCAGAGCAGUGACUUCCUGUUUGUCAGAGGGACACGCCCACUCCAUUGUGACAUUUCCAGACAUUUUCCUGCUGUUUUCUCACACAAGACUUGUUUUAUGAGUUCAAACAUUAUUUUUUGCAGUCACUGGUUUUAAAAACACUAAUAUCCUCAGGAAACGUAGUAAAAAGUACGAGAAUAAAAGCUUUUCCUUUAAAACUCUUCAGACGAUUUGACGAAUGAAGAUUAAAGUCGAAGGAGCUAAAAUCAGCAGGUUGUUUCG